AUGCCUCCUCCUAAUCCAGACUGGGUCAAGGCCCUUACGCCUUCAGGCCCCCAGGGCUCAGAGCUUAUCGCCCAGGAACGCGCCAAGUCAGACAUUGACGUGGAUCAGCUGGCCAGCUUCCUCUUCACAAAGGAGGUCCUCGCCAGGAAUAGCAAGAUCCUCAAGAUCCUCCAGGCAGACCCCGUCUUCGACAAGUCGCAGAACUACUUCCGCGGCCGCACAGACAGACUCGAAGCAGCCCUCGCCAGAGGAAAGGCCCUGAAGCGUCUGCGCGACAGGCACCAGUGGAACGAUGACGACUUCCAUGCAGCCAAUGAGCUCAUCAGCGAGCCUACUCCCUACGGUCUGCACUCUACCAUGUUUCUGAAGACCCUCGAGGAGCAGGGCACGCCGGCGCAGCACAAGCUCUUCCUUGAGCGCGCGCGCAACUAUGAGAUCAUCGGAUGUUACGCACAGACUGAGUUGGGCCACGGUUCUAAUGUCCGCGGUCUUGAGACAACGGCUACGUGGAACCCUGAGGAUAAGACCUUCACUAUGCACUCGCCUCAUCUCACUGCGUCCAAGUGGUGGAUUGGAUCUCUGGGCAAGGCUGCUAACCACGCUGUUGUCGUCGCCCAGCUGAUCCUCAACGGCAAAUCCUACGGCCCUCACCCCUUCGUCGUCCCCAUCCGCGACAUGAAGACCCAUGAGCCUCUCCCUGAUGUCCACGUUGGUGAUAUUGGUCCCAAGUUCGGUUACAACACCAUGGACAACGGUUUCCUUCUUUUCAACCACGUCAAGAUCCCCCACGUCAACAUGCUGAACCGCUUCUCUGGUAUCGACCCUGAUACCGGAAAGUACAUCCGUCCUUCGAACCCUGCUCUUAUCUACGGAACCUUGACCUUUAUCCGCUCCUCCAUCGUCUUCCAAUCAGGCUCUGUACUUGCCCGUGGUGUCACCAUUGCCACUCGCUACUGUGCCGUGCGACGACAGUUCCAGGACCGCGAUGCUGACGCCGGAGAGACUGGCGAGAACCAGGUCCUCAACUACACCAUGGUGCAGCACCGUCUCCUUCCUUUGCUCGCUGCUUCUUACGCCCUGCAUUUCACUGGCCGUGCUAUGAUUAACCUCUACAACGCCAACCAGAAGCGCAUGGCUCAAGCCCGUGAUGGCGCCGAGAGCAAGCGCCAGCCUGGCCCCGAGGAGCUUAACCCCGGCAGCGACCAUCUCGCCGAUCUGCACGCCAUCUCCUGCUCUCUCAAGGCCUUUGCAUCCACCACAGCCGCCGAAGGUCUAGAAGUCUGCCGUCGCGCCUGCGGUGGUCACGGAUACUCCGCCUUCUCCGGCAUUGGCAGCUGGUAUGCUGAUUACCUGCCCACCGUCACAUGGGAGGGCGACAACUACAUGCUUACCCAGCAAGUUGCCCGAUACCUCCUCAAGUCCGCUCGCGCCGUCCUCGCCGGCAAGGCCCCCAACAACGGCAUCUCCAAAAUCUUCAAGGAGUUCAUCCGAAGACAGGACAUCGGCGCCGCAUUCGACGUUCUCGACAGUGAUCAAGAUCUUGUUGAUGCUUUCGCAUGGCGCGUGUCGUUCCUGACCUUCGAGGCUCUCAAGCACAGAGAUGAGGAGAAGCAGUCCUGGAACAGCCUGCUCAUCGACUUCUGGCGUCUGUCCACCGCCUACGCGCAGUACCAAGUAGUCAAGAACUUCCACGAGGCCCUCCAGGAGGAGAGCACCAAGUCCUCUCUGGACCCCAGCACCCUCACCGCCUUGCACAAGCUCUUCGAGCUCUUCGCCCUGCACCACCUACAGAGCUCAGCCUCCGAGUUCUUCACCAGCGCUGCCACAACCGUGCGACAGAUCCAGCUUGCGCGCACCAAGCGAACACUCUCUCUUCUGGAGGACGUGCGACCUCAUGCCGUGAGACUUGUCGAUGCGUGGUCAUUCCCCGACUGGCAGCUUGACAGCGCUCUGGGUCGUUACGACGGAAAGGUCUACGAGGACUUGUUCCAUCGUGCCUCGGAGGUGAACCCCGUGAAUGAUAUUGUAUUUGAUCCUUAUCCCGAGUCGGAUGUUUUGUUUAGGAAGAAUGCGGCUGGACCCAAGGCCAAGUUGUAA